CCUUUGGUCAAACAAAAAGGAAAAACAGUGUAAACAUUCCCAAUCCUCUCAGCCACAUGAGAAAACCAAAAAUGUUUCAAGAAAUUUCAAGUUGUGCUUCAAAUUUUUUAUUCUAAAAACCCCAAAUGGGUUUCCCAUUCCCUGACGCUGUUGAAGAUUGAAUUGAGAUUGUGCUGUGAUACUGUGGACUGCGCUUCCCAUUCUUCUCCCCCAUGUCUCGCAUAUUCUUCGCCACUACUCUUUCCCGCUCUUCAAUGCUCCACACAAAAUUCCACAAUCCCAUUCCUUUUCCUAAUUUUCUCAACCCCAUUUCCCUCAAAUCCAAACCUAUUCAAUCAUUCCCUUUAACACCACCAUUUUUCUCUUCCAUUUCUCAAAUGGGUGAUGCUCGAAGACCCCCUUUCCCCACCAUUCCGCCGCCCGACAAAGCCGACCGAUCGGAAUUGCUUCGUUCCCUCGAGUUUUCGCUCGCUUCUUCGUUUAGCUCCGACCCUUUGGUGCCAAAUCCAAGUCCUUUAGUUAUUGUGAUCAGUGGCCCAAGUGGGGUGGGAAAGGAUGCUGUGAUUAAACGAUUGAGAGAAGUCCGAGAAGGGCUCCAUUUCGUUGUCACAGCGACGAGCCGUCCAAUGCGACCUGGUGAAGUCGAUGGUAAAGACUAUUAUUUCGUCUCUAAGGAAGAUUUUCUUGAUAUGAUCGCGAGGAACGAGCUGCUGGAAUAUGCUUUAGUGUAUGGAGAUUACAAGGGGAUUCCCAAAAGGCAAAUUCGUGAGUUUAUGGCAAAAGGGUAUGAUAUCGUGUUGAGAGUUGACACUCAAGGGGCUGAAACAUUGAGGAAAGUUCUUGGGAAUUCUGCUGUUUUUGUGUUUUUGAUGGCGGAGAGUGAGGUUAAAUUGGUGGAGAGGUUGAUUGAUAGGAAGACGGAGACUAAAGAAUCAUUGUUGGUGAGAGUUGCAACGGCCAGAGAGGAAGUGAAGCAUGUUAAGAAUUUUGAUUAUGUGGUUGUGAAUGCAGAUGGGAAGUUGGAGAGUGCGGUUAAGCUUGUGGAAUCCAUUAUUGAUGCUGAGAAGGCAAAGGUCUUGCAGAGAAAUGCUGUUGUUUAGAUUCAACUUUUGAGACAUCAUUUUGCAAGGAGUUAUUAGAUUAUCAUCACUGGAAGAGGGUGAAGGCUGAUUUCAUUUAGUUACAACUCCAUACGUCUGGUCUUGCUCGUUACUGGCAUUUACAGUUUUACUUUUCAUUCUAAUACCCAAACAUAGGUUGGACUCAGACCUUUAUGAAGCUCAUAUUUGUUUUGGCAGUCGAACAAUAAUCUCAGGCAGCAUGAGAGGACCCACUGCUCCAAAAAGGUGUGUACUCACCAGUCUACCAUGGUUGUUACUCUAACUGAAAUGACAAUAAAGUUUUACUGUCUGUGGAUCUUAUACUGUACCUUUUUUAUUUUGGGUGAAAAAAAACUGCAUGUUUGAGUGUAUUGGUCGAACUGUACAGAAAUUGGGCUGAGAUACCAACGAUCUUAAAAUAAAGGCUAAAGGUUGAAUCUUUGAA